AUGUUGGCGGCACUCCAGACAGCUUUGCAACGGGCGGAAACCAUGGAUCCCGCCUCUUUGAGCCUCCUCCAGAAAAGCUCCUCCCGCAGUGCCAGCGCCGACAAUGGCGCCUCGGCAGCGAUGGGAAGAGGAAUCUUGGGCUACCAGACGCUUCCGACGAGCGAUGAAAGCGACACCUCCCGCCCGCCGAGAAAAGUUUCAUACAGCGAUACGACGAAGAAGAAUGAGAACCACAACCACCACAGAGACCAGGACCACCACUCUUUGAGGCGGCGGAACGGGGCCGCCAGCUCGGAAGAGGCGGACGGGCCAGCAAAGGCGAACUCGUCGAAGCCAUCGUGGACGAAGGAGACGUUUCGCAAGUUUCAAUCCCUCGAAUUGGAGAACAAAGGAAGUGUCGCAAGAGACCACCUCGCUCUCGCUUUUGCAUCCAUUGGCGUCGCCGUGACGCAGCUGUUCCGCCUCAAUACCGGCUCUGCCUCUGCGAACAUGGUCGAUUUCGAUCACACAAAACUGCAAAAGAUGGGCCGGCCAUUGGGUGCGACAUUCCUCGUGAUCAGCAUCGUGACGCUGCUGCUGGGCUGCAAACGCUAUUUUCACGCACAGGAAUGGAUCCUCAAGGGCAAGUUUCCGGCCAGUCGCGGGACCAUCCUCAUCAUGUCAUUCGUGGCGCUGGCCCUCAUGAUUUUGUCACUGGUGGUUGUCAUUGUCAUACAACCUUCGUAG